UUGUGUGCGGUAGUGUUUGCCAAGACUGCUCGUCAAAAGUUUACCAGAAUAAUGAAACUAAAUAAACGUUGAUUCGGCAAUUGAUACUGCAAAUACCGCUAUGCGGGUGCCAAGUUACUUAUUAUUAUCUGGAUUUUUUAGUUAGUUUGGUUUUGGUUACUGCAUAUGGUUUUUGCUGGUGUUUUUGUGGAAUUUUGAGCGACCCUCGACUCUCGUCUGUAGUUUUAGUAUAGUACUAGUAGUUUAUAGCACUGUGUGUGUUGAGAAGGUUGGACCAUAUUAUAGAGUUUUGGACCACAGCCGCCCACCUUGCAGAACUUUCAAGGACGAAACAGAAAAUGACGACCACAGGAGAAAAGAGAGAGCAUUUAUACAAAGUGUUGGUGAUUGGAGAUUUAGGGGUCGGCAAAACAAGCGUUAUUAAAAGAUACGUCCAUCAAUUCUUCUCUCAACACUACAGAGCGACUAUAGGUGUGGAUUUUGCCCUAAAGGUUAUCAACUGGGACGCAGACACACUCAUCAGGUUACAGUUAUGGGAUAUUGCUGGUCAGGAGAGGUUUGGCAAUAUGACGAGAGUAUAUUACAAGGAGGCAGUUGGAGCAUUUAUCGUAUUUGAUGUCACGAGAGUGUCGACGUUUGAAGCAGUAGCAAAAUGGAAACAUGAUUUGGAUAGUAAAGUACAGUUGGCUAACGGUACUAAUAUACCAGUGGUCUUACUGGCCAAUAAGUGUGACCAAGCUAAGGAGGGAUUGGUUAACAACAGUGCCCAGAUGGAUGAAUAUUGUAAAGAUAAAGGAUUCAUCGGAUGGUUUGAGACCUCGGCUAAAGAGAAUAUUAACAUCGAUGAGAGUGCUAGAUUCCUAGUCACAGCGAUCCUUGCAAAUGACAAAACCAUUGACCACGACGAUAAAGAAAGUGACGCAGACGGCUUUGCGAUAGAUUCAAAUCAAGAAGGUGAACAAGAAGGCAAAGGAUCAUGCUGCUGACGAUAAUGUCUGAGAAACAUUCCUUUCUUAAUCCCAUCCCACCUCGCACCUUAUGACUCCAGCCUGCCCUAACUAAGGAAGAUCUUAACUUCAAGGCACUGCAGCCGAUUUAAUCCUAUCUCGAGUUAGGAAGAGUAACCCACCCUAACUUUGGAUGGGUU